UUAAUUCUCCAUAUUUACAGGCGGUACGGUGCACAGUCUUGCUUAUAAGAACAUAUAGUUUAUGCUCAUAUAUGCCGAGACACAGCUAUUAAUCCCUCAAUCAUUUAGUUUGUUCGUUCUGCCAAUCGAGCAUUCCUUCAUUCAUUUAUUUGGAUGGCGGAUCCUGCUACCGGUGCCCUCCUCUGCGAAGCCCUAAACUGCAUCUGUCCAACCGUCUGGUCCCAUUUAGAGGAACCCUUGGCUGAGGAGAUCCGCUCUUUCCUUAGCCUGGAAAAAAAUUGGUCCUCCCUUCAAACAGAGAUAGAAAAUUUACAGGCCACACAGAAGGACCUUGAUGCAAAGCUGCAAUCACUUCUGGUUCCGGACAAGGUGCCUUCAGCUAAAGUCACAUUGUGGCAGGAGAGGGCUACAAAUCUCCCACAACAAAGUCCUACUCGCAAGGACUAUGAAAACUUGGGGAGAUGUCUCUGCCGCUGCACUCCAAAUCUUCUCCAUCGCUACCGGCUCGGCAAGAAGGUCAGGAGGAAGCUGCAGCAGGUGAUUCGUUUAGAUAAAGAAGGGAAUGAUCUCACUUUGGUAGCCAACGAUCCCCAACAGCCUUUCGUCGUGGAGCGUCCCACAAAACCGACCUUUGGCAUGGAUUCGGUUCUGGAGCGGCUCUGGACCUACUUCGACGAUGAGGAUAACAGCAUCAUUGGCAUAUGGGGGCUAGGGGGAGUUGGGAAGACAACACUCGUCAACGAAUUUAACAAUGCAUUGGAGAAAAAAAGAGCUGAUUACCAUGUGGUGAUCAACAUUGAAGUGUCCAACUCUGAGACACUGAAUGUGGUGGAUAUCCAGCAGGUGAUAGCAGAUAGGUUGGGUCUUCCAUGGAAUGACAACGACAGCGAGAUUUUACGAGCUAAGGUGCUGCUGAGGGCCUUGAAAGAGACGAAGUUUGUGCUCCUCUUGGACGACGUGUGGAAGGAAUUUAGCCUGGAGGAUGUGGGAAUCCCCACCCCCAACAGGGAGAGCCAUUGCAAGCUGAUCAUCGCCUCGCGGUCUGAGGAUGUGUGCAUCAACAUGGGUGCCCGUCAAUGCUUGAUCGAGAUGCAAUGCUUGGAGGAGAAAGCGGCAUGGAAGAUGUUCUGCAGCAAUUUGACCGGUAGAGCUGAGAGAGAGAUCGGCGAAAACAAUGAUAUAAGAAAACAUGCCGUGGCUAUUUUCCACAGUUGCGAGGGCCUGCCACUUGCUCUCAAUGUCGUUGGAAGGGCUGUGGCAGGCUUGAAGGACCCCAGGGAGUGGAGACGUGCGGCGAAAGCAAUAUCACGGAUUCCUGGUGUUGAUGAUAUGUUUGCUAAAUUAAAAUACAGCUACGACAGGCUCGACGACAUGUUGCAGCAAUGCUUCCUGUACUGCACUCUCUUCCCAGACUACGGCUCCAUCAAGAAAGAUCAACUUGUAGAUUACUGGAUAGCUGAAGGGCUCAUUGCACCUGCUACGCUAUCAGACGAAGGGCGUCCCACCCACCAUGAUCUUUCUGAUGAAGGGUAUUCCAUCAUAGGUCAGCUAAUUUCUAAAAGCUUGUUGCAGAGCAGUGACAUGGAGAAAGUAAAAAUGCAUCACAUAAUCCGGAGGCUGGGCCGCCAGUUGGUAGAUCCGGGGAGGUUUCUGGUGCAAGCAGGUCAGGCUUUGGAGGAAGCGCCAGAAGUUGAAGACUGGAGAGGAUUUACAAGGAUAUCUCUAAUGUCCAAUGAUCUCAAGAAGCUCCCUGACUCCCCAAAUUGUAGAAAUCUCCUCACCUUGCUCAUCCAACAGAAUCCAAAUUUGGAGAAACUUAGCUCACGGUUCUUUAGAUCCAUGUCCAGUCUCAGGGUCCUUGAUCUUUCUUACACUGCUAUUACUGAGCUUCCGGGGAUUGAUGCAUUGGCCAAACUGGAGUAUCUCAAUCUAUGUUACACACGCAUCACUGCACUGCCCAAGCGGCUAUGGGUUCUGAAGCAACUGAGGCAUCUGAAUUUGAGCAAAACCUCUGCCCUGAAGGAGAUUCCUAAUGGCACCAUAUCGAAGCUCAACAAGCUUAGAGUUCUGAAUAUUUACAGGAGUAACUAUGGAAUAUGGGAAGUGGAAGACCUGAAUCUAGACGAGCUGAGAGAGCUCGAUAUCCUUGGAAUCACCAUAUAUUCAGAAGCAGUUCUUAAAAAGUUAAGGAGGACUGAUCCACUUGCGAAAUCAACACACCUUCUGAGUCUGAAGUACUGUGAACGCAUGGAGUCCAUCCUUCUCUCCGGCUUGAAGCAUAUGGAGCAUCUCCAAGAGCUCCAUGUUGACUCCUGCAAUGAGUUGAAGGAAUUGAUAGCUGAGAACAAUGAACAGGAAGCUUCUUGUCUGAAGGUGCUCACGCUGGCCAUUCUUCCAAACCUUGAAAAAGUAUCCGUGAGAUCGGUCCGCCAUCACCUUCAGAAUCUCUGCAAAUUAAGUAUCCAUUCGUGUCCCAAAUUGGAGGAGGUUACCUGGGUCCUACAUCUAGAAUCCCUUGAAAGGCUCAUUAUAUCUGAUUGCCAUGGAAUGGAAAACAUUGUAGAAGAGAGGAUCAGUGGGAUGCAGGAAAUGAUACCAACACUUAUGACUAGAGACAAUGGAAUUGAUAGCGGAAAUGAAAUCGAUGAACUUAGAGCAACAGAAGAGCAGAAUGGAGGAUCAAUGCACUGCAAGGAUGGCUUUUGUAGGCUCAAAACAAUAAUCCUGAAGGACCUACCGAAGCUGGAGAGCAUCUGUCAUGCAAGGGACUUUGCUUGUCUGGAGAGCAUCAGGGUGGAAGCAUGUCCAAAUCUUAAAGGACUUCCAUUGGUCCACAACCGCAAAUUAGAGAAAUUGAAACAGAUAUGUGGUUCUCGAGAUUGGUGGAAUAAUCUUGUGUGGGAAGAGAACACAAAAGCCAUUUUCUCUGCCCGCUUUACUCCAAUUUGAUGGAAAAAUGGUUGUCCAAUUCGGCCACCAGAGGAGAGACUGCUAGAAACUCGAGCAAAUUAUGACUGUACAUGUGUUGUUUGUCCGAAGAUUUUUCAUGUAUUUGUUCUUUCAGUCUUUAUGCUUAGGCUUUUUGUUAAGAGUUCCAUUUAACCAUUACAUGAACAUGUAUUUUGGAUUUUGUGAAAAAUAAACUUUGAAGUUUAUGAAUUGUGAUGUGUGUACUUACAUAAA